GCGGAAAUCCUGCCAGGCUUUACCUGCUCUCCCUCGUUUAUUUACUUUGCGGCCACCGCUUGUAGGGAGCAGAUACAUCAUCGGUGCCCAAUAGAGGGGCAUGAGGGGACACAGCUAAGACUAAAAAAAAAAAAUUGUCACCAUAUCCUCCGCACGUGCAGAGGGCCGGUAGUAUAAAACACGAUGAAAGGAAGGUGUUGUCAAUGAUAUCUGACGACCGGUCGCUGGGCACAGCCGUCCAGGGCGCUGUCCCCGCGCGCUCCGAUGGGACGAGAGACGCCAGCCCCAGGGUAACCGGAGGCACGUCGCGGGCCGCGCGCGGGAAGCUGUGAUCCGGGUCGGGUGCCGGCUCUGCGGCGGCCGCAGCGACACGACCCCGCGGGACAGGCCAGAGAUCCCGUCCUGCAGCUCUCAAGUUUCCGUCGGAUGCAGUAAACGAUUGUCACGGUUGAUUUUCAAGUAGCAGAAAGAGCUACAACUUCUCAUUAGCGGAACUUUUCGAGUUGCAUUCAAUGCCUAACGUUGCAGAAGCAGAAAGGGCAAAUGAUUCUGGAAAUGGUGAGCACCAAGCCGAGAGGACGUCUCCCGACGAGAAUCUACAAGGCGCUGCACCGUCUUUCUGCACUCGUGCCUCGGGGGCGCCCUUGGGCCCCAAAGGAGACGGUCAUUAUCCGUGGAGCUGUCCAGUGACCCAUACUCGGGAGAAGAUUUAUGCCAUCUGUUCGGACUACGCCUUUCUCAACCAGGCCACCUCAAUCUACAAACCUCCGAAUUCAACCCGCUCUUCCUGCCUCCCUGAUAGUACGUCUUUGUCUGCUGGAAAUAAUCCAUCACGAUACAUUGGCAUCCCAGCUAGCACGUCGGAAAUCAUCUACAAUGAAGAAAAUAGCUUGGACAACUUAUCCAAUAGCCUGGGCAAGCUACCUCUCGCAUGGGAAAUUGAUAAAUCUGAAUUUGAUGGGGUGACCACGAAUCUGAAACACAAAUCAGGCAAUGUAAAGAAACAAACUUGCAAGAAAAAAACUUCAGACAAAAAAGGAAGACAUCAAAGGGAGUGGCCUCAGUAUUCUCCUCUUGAAGAUAUUAAGCAGCGGAAAGUAUUAGAUCUCAGAAGAUGGUACUGCGUAAGCCGACCGCAGUAUAAGACCUCCUGUGGCAUCUCCUCACUAAUCUCCUGCUGGAACUACUUGUACAGCACAAUGGGAGCUGGAAACCUUCCACCUAUUACCCAGGAAGAAGCUUUACAUAUUCUGGGCUUUCAACCUCCAUUUGAAGAUAUUAGGUUUGGCCCGUUCACUGGAAACACGACACUCAUGAGGUGGUUUAGGCAAAUCAACGACCACUUUCACGUCAAAGGAUGCUCGUAUGUGCUGUAUAAGCCCCACGGGAAGAAUAAAACAGCCGGAGAAACGGCUUCAGGGGCCUUGUCGAAGUUAACUCAUGGAUUGAAAGAUGAAUCGCUGGCCUAUAUCUAUCAUUGCCAAAAUCAUUAUUUUUGUCCAAUUGGCUUUGAAGCAACCCCUGUGAAAGCUAAUAAAGCAUUCAGCAGGGGCCCCCUCUCACCACAAGAAGUAGAAUAUUGGAUCUUAAUUGGAGAAUCAAGUAGAAAACAUCCUGCUAUUCACUGUAAAAAGUGGGCAGAUAUUGUUACUGAUCUCAACACUCAAAAUCCAGAAUAUCUAGAUAUCCGACACUUAGAGAGAGGACUGCAGUAUCGAAAAACAAAGAAGGUUGGGGGAAAUUUACAUUGCAUCAUAGCGUUCCAGAGACUUCAUUGGCAAAGAUUUGGCAUUUGGAACUUUCCAUUUGGAACCAUUAGACAAGAAUCACAACCUCCAGCACACGGCCAGGGAAUAGCCAAAUCUGAGAGUGAAGAUAAUAUCUCCAAGAAGCAGCAUGGGCGUCUGGGCCGGUCAUUCAGCGCUAGUUUCCAUCAGGACUCGGCAUGGAAAAAGAUGUCCAAUAUUAGCAUUUGGUUGAACCAGGCACUGAGAGGAGUCCGGGAUCGCCACGGGAACUCAAUAGAAAACGCACAUCUUCUGACUUUGUUUCAUCGUCUCUGCAAACUCUUAUUUUUUCGAAUUCGUCCUAUUUUUGUGUUUGAUGGGGAUGCUCCACUAUUGAAGAAACAGACUUUGGCUAAGAGAAGGCAGAGAAAGGAUUUGGCGACCAGUGAUUCCAAAAAAACUACGGAGAAGCUUUUGAAAACAUUUUUGAAAAGACAAGCUAUCAAAACUGCCUUCAAAAGCAAAAGAGGUGAAGCGCUCCCCAGUCUUACCCACGUUAAAAGAGAAGAUGACCUCUAUGCUUUGCCACCUUUACAGAAGGAAGAGAAAAACAGUUCAGAAGAAGAAGAUGAAAAAGAAUGGCAAGAAAGAAUGAGUCAGAAACAAGCCUUACAGGAAGAGUUCUUUCAUAAUCCUCAAGCAAUAGAUAUUGAAUCUGAAGAGUUCAGCAGUCUGCCUCUUGAAAUAAAGCAUGAAAUCUUGACAGAUAUGAAAGAAUUUACCAAGCGAAGAAGAACUUUAUUUGAAGCAAUGCCAGAGGAGUCUAAUGACUUUUCACAGUACCAGCUCAAAGGCUUGCUUAAAAAAAACUACCUAAACCAACACAUAGAAAAUGUCCAAAGGGAAAUGAAUCAGCAGCAAUCAGGACAAAUCCAAAGACAAUAUGAAGAGGAAGGGGGCUUUUUGAAGGAGGUGGAGUCGAGGAGAGUGGUCUCCGAAGACACUUCACAUUACAUCUUGAUAAGAGGUAUUCAGGCCAAGAAAGCUGCAGAGGUGGGUUCAGACGCUCUUCCUUCUUCCAGCGAAAGGCACAGCAAGUCUUUUGACCUGACGUCCUCCCCUUGUGAAAAACUGAGGCCACAGGACGAGGCUAGUGCCACCAGUCCUCCAGGAACAUCCCUGACUGCGCAGGCCACCAUGCUGGGGGGCAGCUCGGAGGAGGCCUGCGACGACGCCCAGGGCGCGUCCGUGUCACCGCGGACUCUCCUAGCCAUUCAGAAAGCCCUUGACGACGACGAAGCGGAAGUGUGCGCAGGAAACGACGUGGGGCCCGGGGUGGCGGGGGCGGGAGAGCCGCCCGAGGACAGUUCCGAGGGGGAAGCUGACGGACGCCUUGAAGACGAUGACGGGAGAGGGAUGCUGCCGCCCACAGAUCCCCUCCUGACCUGCGCGAGCUCCGCUCUGGAGUGCGAGACCGGCCCUGACAGUGGCCAGAGGCCCGCGGACGUGGCCCGUUUGCCCCGGCCCAUCAGCCACUCUCGUGUUCCAGAACAAGAAAUGUCACCGAGCCAUGUGGUGGACGGCGCCUUUGAGACCCGAGAUGGGCCCGAAAUUCCAGGUCAAAAGGACGGGGUUCCUUCGGAUAGCGCGGCGAUGAGGUGCAGCGAGGCCCCCCGGCUCCAGGGCGGGGAACCGGCUCCAGCAUCAACGGUGAGCUCGAGUCCUGCGUGGAUAAGCGACGCACACGCCGGAUCGCCGGGGCUCAAGGGCGGGGAGCGGGCUCCCGCGUGGACGAGCGACGCACAGGCCUCAGCGCCCGGGCUCCAGGGCGGGGAGCGGGCUCCAGCUUCGAGGAAUGACGCUCAGGCCGCAGCACCCUGGCUCCAGGCAGACCGCAGUCGGUCUGGCGGUAGCUGCGACUCCUCUGCUCUUUCAGGUGAGGACGAAGCAGAAUGUGAAAAACGUCCUCUUUCUGAAGUCACUGGCGCUGUCCUUUUGCAAGAAAUGAGUAAGACACAAAGUGUCCCUUCAGGGGCAAAUAGUAACUUCGAAACUGCGGGAUCAUCUGAUGCUAAGGAGCAUGAGAACUUCCCGAAAACGAGCCAAGAAGGCGACACAGUGGAAUCUGCAGACGAGGAGGACUUCAUUUCAGUUCCGGAGUCCGCGGAGCCCCUGGGUAGCGACUCUGAAGAAAGCGAAUCCGACGGAAGUUUCAUUGAGGUCCAGAGUGUACCUAGUAGUGAUGAACUUCAAGCUGAGUUACAGGAACCUUCUAGGCCUCCCUCUGGACAAGAUGAAGAGGAACCAAUAGGAACUAAGAAGGAAGAAGCCACUGGUGACUCUGAGGGUCUCCCAAGACACAACUCUGGAAGUGAGGCCUUGGAUAUUGAGCCAUGUGAAGACGCUGAAAAAGAGGCAGACAGUUCACUCAACGAAUGGCAAGAUAUUAAUUUGGAGGAACUGGAAACACUGGAGAGCGACCUGUUGGCACAGCAGAAUUCACUGAAAGCACAGAAGCAGCAGCAGGAACGGGUUGCUGCUACUGUCACCGGGCAGAUGUUUCUGGAAAGCCAGGAACUUCUUCGCCUGUUCGGCGUCCCCUACAUCGAGGCUCCCAUGGAAGCAGAGGCUCAGUGUGCCCUCCUGGACCUGACUGACCAGACUUCUGGAACAAUCACCGACGACAGUGAUAUUUGGCUGUUUGGAGCACGGCAUGUCUAUAAAAACUUUUUUAAUAAAAACAAGUUUGUGGAAUAUUACCAGUACGUGGACUUUCACAACCAACUGGGACUAGACCGGAACAAGUUAAUCAAUUUGGCCUAUUUGCUUGGAAGUGAUUAUACAGAAGGAAUACCAACUGUGGGUUGUGUUACAGCCAUGGAAAUUCUCAACGAGUUCCCUGGACAUGGCCUGGAACCUCUCCGAAAGUUCUCAGAGUGGUGGCAGGAGGCUCAGCAUAAUAAGAAGAUAAGACCUAACCCUUAUGACACCAAAGUGAAGAAGAAACUGCGCAAGCUGCAGCUCACGCCCGGCUUCCCCAACCCGGCCGUGGCCGACGCUUACCUCCGGCCUGUGGUGGAUGAGGCCCGGGGCUCCUUCCUGUGGGGGGCGCCGGACCUGGACAGAAUCAGAGAGUUUUGUGAGCGUUAUUUUGGCUGGAACAGGGCGAAGACAGAUGAGUCUCUGCUUCCAGUAUUAAAGCAACUGAACGCCCAGCAGACACAGCUCCGAAUCGAUUCUUUCUUUAGAUUGGCUCAACAGGAGAAACAAGAUGCCAAGGGUAUCAGGAGCCAGAGACUUAACAGAGCUGUGACAUGUAUGCUGAGAAAAGAAAGAGAAGAAGUGGCCAGUGAAGUAGAAGCGGUGUCCGUUGCCAUGGAGAAGGAGAGUGAGUUCCUGGAUACAGCACAAGGAGGAAGAACGCAGAAGAGAAGCAGGGUAGAUGAACAGGAAGAAUCCUCAAACCUGAAAAGAGAGAGGCUUUUAGACUCUAAGCAAGAGAGUGCAUGUGGUGGGUUCCUGGGGGGCGCCUGCCUUUCGCCAUCAUCUGGGGCAUCUUCAGGGGAGGAUGCUGAGUGUGGAUCUUCAGUGAGCCCGCACAGGGGGAGAGCAGCCGCGGGGCCCCCCGUCGGCCGUCCGGCUCCGCAGAGCGCCCCACGCCCUGCCCCUGUCCCCUGCGGAGACUCGACCAGCAGCAGCUCCAGUGACGAGGACCCGGCGGCACCAGUGCUGGUGACUGCCAGAUCUGUGUUUGGGAAGAAAAAGGGCAAACGGAGAGGUACCAGAGGAAAAAAGAGGAAAAGCUAAUUUAAACCAGUGUGUUCUCUGUUAUUGGGUAAAGCUUAACAUCUCGUAAUGAAUUCUUUGUGAUGAAAUAGAACAAUUAAAGGUAUUCACGCAAUUUU